UCCAACCAAACAUUGAAAAAACACAGUUGUUUUUCCACAACACCAAACCCCAACAUCGAAACACAAUCACACUGUGGAACAACGACAAUGGAGGAUUCUCACUCAUCACUGUUCAACAUAGGAAUCCUAGAUACACUCAGCGAAGACCAACUUCACGAAAUCCUCGAAAGCUAUACCCUCUUCUGCAACGCCACACAAUCUCUUCUCGGCGGUGCUGGCGAUCUUUCAUACGGUGCUGAAUUUGUUUCUCACGUUCACACCCUUUGUAAACAUGGUCUAGAGUCACUCGUUCGUGACCAUUUUCUCAAAGUCUUAGAGGAAACUUUUGAACGAAAUGGGUCAUCGAGGUUUUGGCGGCAUUUUGUUCCUUAUGCUGAUUUUGUUUCUUUGAACAAGAAUGGUGAUGUCAAUAUUGAUGAGGAUGAGAUUGAGAGUGUGCUGUGUAAUGCUUUGGAAGAAAUCUCUUUGGAGAAACAGUACCAGGAGAAGUGUCUGUUAAUUUUGGUCCAUGCUUUACAAUCUUUCAAGGAUCAAACGUCAGAGGAAAGGCAUAAUUUUGAAGCAGAAAGGAAUUACCUUACCUCUAAGUAUCAAUGGACUGUCUCUUCUGUGCUUAUGGCCACACUUCCUCGCGUUUUCCCUGCUAUAUUGCAUUGGUAUUUUAAAAGAAGGCUGGAGGAGUUAAGUACAGUCAUGGAUGGGGAGUUCACUGAUGAUGUGUCUCAAAAUAAGGAUGACAUGGAUUUAGAUGAAAAAGGAAAAAUAUGCAAAGAUGGUGAGAUGGAUGUUGAUGAGUGCUAUAGUGACCGUCGAUUCUCAGAAAACAGUAAACUGGUGAAGAACAUUGGAAAAGUUGUUCUUGAUCUCAGAAGUCUUGGAUUUACUUCAAUGGCUGAAGAUGCGUAUGCUUCUGCUAUAUUUUUACUACUAAAGGCAAAAGUAUAUGAUGUAGCGGGAGAUGAUUUUAGGAGUUCGGUCUUACAAUCUAUUCAAAGCUGGAUACAGGCUGUUCCUCUCCAGUUUCUCCAUGCCCUUCUUGUCUAUCUUGGUGACUCUGUUAGCUACGAAAGUACUUCAUCAGGUCUCAAAUCACCUUUAGCCCCAAAAUCAUCGUCAUGCUGUCCCGGAAUUGAUACUCCCUCUGAAAGUCUUGUCCGAUGGAAGUUGCGACUGGAAUAUUUUGCUUAUGAAACACUGCAAGAUUUAAGGAUAGCCAAAUUAUUUGAGAUAAUCGUUGAUUAUCCCGAUAGCUCUCCUGCAAUUGAAGACUUAAAACUUUGUCUUGAAUACACCGGACAACAUUCAAAGCUGGUGGAGUCAUUUAUUUCUGCACUGCGUUAUCGCCUUCUUACUGCAGGCGCAUCAACCAAUGAUAUAUUACACCAAUACGUUUCUACUAUUAAAGCCCUAAGGACGAUAGAUCCUGCUGGUGUUUUCCUUGAGGCAGUUGGUGAACCAAUAAGGGAUUACUUAAGAGGAAGGAGAGAUACAAUAAAAUGCAUAGUGACCAUGUUGACAGAUGGGACUGGGGGAAAUUCAAGUGCAUCCGGAAAUCCUGGAGAUAGCCUUCUUGAAGAGUUGAACAGAGAUGAAGAAAUUCAAGAGAAUUUUGGUAUUGAUGAUGAUUUUAACACUGAUGAUAGGCAAGCAUGGAUCAAUGCCACACGAUGGCAACCUGAUCCUGUAGAAGCAGAUCCAUUGAAGGGAAGCAGAAACCAAAGGAAGGUUGACAUACUUGGAAUGAUUGUUGGCAUAAUUGGUUCAAAAGAUCAAUUAGUUCAUGAAUAUCGAACUAUGCUUGCUGAGAAACUUCUAAAUAAAUCUGAUUAUGAUAUUGACUCAGAGAUACGUACUCUAGAACUCCUUAAGAUACACUUCGGAGAGAGCAGCCUACAAAAAUGCGAGAUUAUGCUCAAUGAUCUAAUUGGCUCAAAGAGAGUCGACACUAACAUUAAAGCUACCAUAAGUCAGCUACCUCAGACAAGUGUGGAGGUUGAAGACAAUGCAAUUUCCAUGGAUAAAGUAGCCGCCACUAUCAUAUCUUCUAAUUUCUGGCCUCCGAUACAGGAUGAGCCCCUUAACCUGCCGGAACCUGUUGACAAGCUUCUCUCCGAUUAUGCGAAGAGAUUUAGUGAAGUCAAAACACCCCGUAAGCUUCAGUGGAAAAAAAGUCUUGGGACUGUCAAGCUGGAGUUGCAGUUUGAAGAUAGGGAAAUGCAAUUCACAGUAGCCCCUGUUCUUGCAUCUAUUAUUAUGAAAUUUCAAGAUCAAACGAGUUGGACCUCUAAACACCUUGCAGCUGCUAUUGGGAUACCUGUGGAUGUGUUAAAUAGGAGAAUAAAUUUUUGGAUAAGCAAGGGGGUCAUUGCAGAGUCGUCGGGGGGAGAUUCCUCUGACCUUGUAUACACUAUUAUGGAAAACAUGGCUGAGACAAGUAGGAAUGGAGGCGGCAGUGGCAAUGCUCAGGAACUUCUUGGAGGUGAUGAAGAGGAAGACAGAUCUGUGGCCUCGGUAGAAAAUCAACUUCGGAAGGAGAUGACUGUGUAUGAGAAAUUUAUCUUGGGGAUGCUCACAAACUUUGGUAGCAUGGCAUUAGAUCGCAUUCACAAUACUCUCAAGAUGUUUUGCAUUGCUGAUCCCCCUUAUGACAAAUCACUCCAACAACUACAAAGCUUUUUAUCUGGUCUAGUCUCUGAGGAAAAGUUAGAACUUCGGGAUGGAGUGUACUUUCUAAAGAAGUAGUGAGCUUAUGGAACUAUGGUCAUCCUUUUGGCCAUAAGUUUUAAGCAAAAAGGUUCUGAUCUGACAAUUUGCUGAUAAACUUUGACAGCAACUUGAGCUCUCCCUUUUUUGUUGUCAUAUGUGUUAUUUGCUACGAGGAAACUGACACAGUGACACUUGGCAUGGGUGAGUAACAAAGUGAAGCUUUUAUUGAACUGGUUGAGACUUGAGAAAUGAGAUAACAUAAAUGGCUGAAGAUAUGAUUCCUCCACUCCACAUGUUACAAUCUAUAGUUGACACAAACUAUAAAGCAGUCCAACGCUCAUCUUUGCUAUCUUGAUAAAUGUGUCAACUUGAAGAUAUUAUUGGAUUUCAUAGUCAUGUUUUUAAUUCAUUUCAAUGUACCACCUGUCUGAAUUUGUAGGACUUGGUUAGCCUAAUAGGAAAAGUUAUGUUAUAUUAUGUGGUGUUAUUGUAUAUAUCAAAAACAUUAGUAGAUUUGUAUGACAUUUAUUUUUAUAGCUCUAUUCGGCCUUAGGCUUAGGCCAACCGUGAGAUGAGCAUGGAAUUGUAUUAUGUAAAAUUUAUUAUUGAAUAUUUGAACCAACGUCCAUUACCCUAUUGU